GCUGUGGCGGCGGCGGCGGCGGAUGGCCCAGAGCUGAUCUAUGCGGCGCCUGGAGGGGCUGUGUCUGCGGCGGCGGCGGCGGCGGCGCGGCCCUGCCCGCGAGCGGAGCGGGGACAAGAUGAAGUACCAGAAAUACCUGACGGUGCUGCAGAUGGCCAUCGGCGUCACCCCCUCCAACCGCGGCAGCCUCCUGCCGCUCAAGAGGAAGCUGUGGGUAACACCAUCUUCUGAAAAUCCUAAUGGUGCUACUUCUAGUGUCAGCCAAGGAAAACCCUCUUUAAGAAGAAUUAAAGGGAGAUUACACAGAAGCAAAAGCCUUGAUAGCAUCGAUUUCUGUGAGCUCACUAGCACAGCAAUGGAGGAAACAGCUAUAUGGGAACAACAUACAGUGACACUUCACAGGGCUCCUGGAUUUGGAUUUGGAAUUGCAAUAUCUGGUGGACGAGAUAAUCCUCAUUUUCAGAGUGGGGAAACGUCAAUAGUGAUCUCAGAUGUGCUGAAAGGAGGACCAGCUGAAGGACAGCUACAGGAAAAUGACCGAGUUGCAAUGGUUAAUGGAGUUUCAAUGGAUAAUGUCGAACAUGCUUUUGCUGUUCAGCAACUAAGGAAAAGUGGGAAAAAUGCGAAAAUAACAAUUAGAAGGAAGAAGAAAGUUCAAAUACCAGUAAGUCGUCCUGAUCCUGAACCAGUAUCUGAUAAUGAAGAAGAUAGUUAUGAUGACGAAAUACAUGAUCCAAGAAGUAGCCGGAGUGGCGUGGUUAACAGAAGGAGUGAGAAGAUGUGGCCGAGGGAGAGAAGUGCAAGUAGAGAGAGGAGCUUGUCUCCACGAUCAGACAGGCGGUCAGUGGCUUCUAGCCAGCCUGCCAAACCUACCAAAGUCACCUUGGUGAAAUCCCGGAAAAAUGAAGAAUAUGGUCUUCGAUUGGCGAGCCAUAUAUUUGUUAAAGAAAUUUCACAAGAUAGUUUGGCAGCAAGAGAUGGCAAUAUUCAAGAAGGUGAUGUUGUAUUGAAGAUAAAUGGUACUGUGACAGAAAAUAUGUCAUUGACAGAUGCAAAGACAUUGAUAGAGAGAUCUAAAGGCAAAUUAAAAAUGGUAGUUCAGAGAGAUGAACGCGCUACGCUGUUGAAUGUCCCUGAUCUUUCUGACAGCAUCCACUCUGCUAAUGCCUCUGAGAGAGAUGACAUUUCAGAAAUUCAGUCACUAGCAUCAGAUCAUUCUGGGCGGUCACAUGAUAGGCCUCCCCGCCGCAGCCGGUCACGAUCUCCUGACCAGCGGUCAGAACCUUCUGAUCAUUCGAGACACUCUCCACAGCAGGCGAGCAGUGGCAGUCACCGGAGCAGAGAUGAAGAGAGAAUUUCUAAACCUGGGGCAGUCUCAACUCCUGUAAAGCAUGCCGAUGAUCACACACCUAAAAUAGUAGAAGAAGUUACAGUUGAAAGAAAUGAGAAACAAACACCUUCUCUUCCAGAGCCAAAGCCUGUGUAUGCUCAAGUUGGGCAACCAGAUGUGGAUUUACCUGUUAGUCCAUCUGAUGGUGUCCUACCUAAUUCAACUCACGAAGAUGGGAUUCUUCGGCCCAGCAUGAAAUUGGUAAAAUUCAGAAAAGGAGAUAGUGUGGGUUUGCGGCUGGCUGGUGGAAAUGAUGUUGGAAUAUUUGUAGCUGGCGUUCUAGAAGAUAGCCCUGCAGCCAAGGAAGGCUUAGAGGAAGGUGAUCAAAUUCUCAGGGUAAACAACGUAGAUUUUACAAAUAUUAUAAGAGAAGAAGCUGUCCUUUUCCUGCUUGACCUCCCUAAAGGAGAAGAAGUGACCAUAUUGGCUCAGAAGAAGAAGGAUGUUUAUCGUCGCAUUGUAGAAUCAGAUGUUGGAGAUUCUUUCUAUAUUAGAACCCAUUUUGAAUAUGAAAAGGAAUCUCCCUAUGGACUCAGUUUUAACAAAGGAGAGGUGUUCCGUGUUGUGGAUACCUUGUACAAUGGAAAACUGGGCUCUUGGCUUGCCAUUCGAAUUGGCAAAAAUCAUAAGGAGGUAGAACGAGGUAUCAUCCCUAAUAAGAACAGAGCUGAACAGCUAGCCAGCGUACAGUAUACACUUCCAAAAACUGCAGGGGGAGACCGUGCUGACUUCUGGAGAUUCCGAGGUCUUCGCAGCUCCAAGAGAAAUCUUCGAAAAAGCAGAGAGGAUUUGUCCGCUCAGCCCGUUCAAACAAAGUUUCCAGCUUAUGAAAGAGUGGUUCUUCGAGAAGCUGGAUUUCUGAGGCCUGUAACCAUUUUUGGACCAAUAGCUGAUGUUGCCAGAGAAAAGCUGGCAAGAGAAGAACCAGAUAUUUAUCAAAUUGCAAAGAGUGAACCACGAGAUGCUGGAACUGACCAACGUAGCUCUGGCAUUAUUCGCCUCCAUACAAUAAAGCAGAUCAUAGAUCAAGACAAACAUGCUUUACUAGAUGUAACACCAAAUGCAGUUGAUCGUCUUAACUAUGCCCAGUGGUAUCCAAUUGUUGUAUUUCUUAACCCCGAUUCUAAGCAAGGAGUAAAAACAAUGAGAAUGAGGUUAUGUCCAGAAUCUCGGAAAAGUGCCAGGAAGUUAUAUGAGCGAUCUCAUAAACUUCGUAAAAAUAAUCACCAUCUUUUUACGACUACAAUUAACUUAAAUUCAAUGAAUGAUGGUUGGUAUGGUGCACUAAAAGAAGCAAUUCAGCAACAGCAAAACCAGCUAGUAUGGGUUUCUGAAGGAAAGGCGGACGGUGCUACAAGUGAUGACCUUGAUUUGCAUGAUGAUCGUCUGUCCUACCUGUCAGCCCCAGGUAGUGAAUACUCAAUGUAUAGCACGGACAGUAGACACACUUCUGACUAUGAAGACACAGACACAGAAGGCGGGGCCUACACUGAUCAAGAACUAGAUGAAACUCUUAAUGAUGAGGUUGGGACUCCACCGGAGUCUGCCAUUACACGGUCCUCUGAGCCUGUAAGAGAGGACUCCUCUGGAAUGCAUCAUGAAAACCAAACAUAUCCUCCUUACUCACCACAAGCGCAGCCACAACCAAUUCAUAGAAUAGACUCCCCUGGAUUUAAGCCAGCUUCUCAACAGAAAGCAGAAGCUUCAUCUCCAGUCCCUUACCUUUCGCCUGAAACAAACCCAGCAUCAUCAACCUCUGCUGUUAAUCAUAAUGUAAAUUUAACUAAUGUCAGACUGGAGGAGCCCACCCCAGCUCCUUCCACCUCUUACUCACCACAAGCUGAUUCUUUAAGAACACCAAGUACUGAGGCAGCUCACAUAAUGCUAAGAGAUCAAGAACCAUCAUUGUCGUCGCAUGUAGAUCCAACAAAGGCGCAUAGAAAGGAUCCAUAUCCCGAGGAAAUGAUGCGGCAGAACCAUGUUUUCAAACAGCCAGCCGUUGGUCACCCAGGGCACAGGCCAGACAAAGAUCCUAAUGUGACCUAUGAACCCCAACUUCCAUACGUAGAGAAACAAGCCAGCAGAGACCUUGAGCAGCCCACAUACAGAUACGAGUCCUCAAGCUACACGGACCAGUUUUCUCGAAACUAUGACCAUCGUCUGCGAUAUGAAGAUCGUGUCCCCAUGUAUGAAGAACAGUGGUCAUAUUAUGAUGACAAACAGCCUUUCCCAUCUCGGCCAUCUUUUGAUAAUCAGCACUCUCGAGACCUUGACUCCAGACAGCAUCCCGAAGAGUCCUCAGAUCGAGGGUACUUUCCACGUUUUGAAGAGCCAGCCCCUCUGUCCUAUGAUAGCAGACCGCGUUAUGAACAGGCCCCUAGAGCAUCCGCCCUGCGGCACGAAGAGCAGCCAGCUGCUGGGUAUGACACGCAUGGUAGACACAGACCAGAAGCCCAGCCCUACCCUUUGGCAGGGCCAAAACCCACAGAGCCCAAGCAGUAUUUUGAGCAAUACUCACGCAGUUACGACCAAGUACCACCCCAAGGAUUUGCCUCUAGAGCAGGUCAUUUUGAGCCUCUCCAUGGUGCUGCAGCUGUCCCUCCGAUGAUACCUUCAUCUCAGCAUAAGCCAGAAGCUCUGCCUUCAAAUGCCAAACCACUGCCUCCACCUCCAGCUCGAACUGAAGAAGAAGAAGACCCAGCAAUGAAGCCACAGUCUGUGCUCACCAGAGUGAAGAUGUUUGAAAACAAAAGAUCUGCAUCCUUAGAGACCAAGAAGGAUGUAAAUGACACUGCUGGUUUUAAGCCUCCAGAAGUAGCAUCUAAACCUCAAGGUGCUCCCAUCAUUGGUCCCAAACCCACUUCUCAGAAUCAAUUCAGUGAACAUGACAAAACUCUGUACAGGAUCCCAGAACCUCAGAAACCUCAAGUGAAGCCACCUGAAGAUAUCGUUCGGUCAAAUCAUUAUGACCCUGAAGAAGAUGAAGAAUAUUAUCGAAAACAGCUCUCGUACUUUGACCGAAGAAGUUUUGAAAAUAAGCCUCCUGCACACAUUGCUGCCAGCCAUCUCUCUGAGCCUGCAAAGCCAGCUCAUUCUCAGAAUCAAUCAAAUUUUUCUAGUUAUUCUUCAAAGGGAAAGCCUGCUGAAGCCGAUGUUGUGGAUAGAUCAUUUGGUGAGAAACGCUAUGAACCCAUCCAGGCCACUCCCCCGCCUCCUCCAUUGCCUUCGCAGUACACUCAGCCGCCUCAGCCUGUCACCAGCACAUCUCUCCACAUACAUUCUAAGGGAGCACAUGGUGAAGGAAAUCCAGUGUCAUUGGAUUUUCAGAAUUCCUUAGUGUCCAAACCAGACCCACCUCCAUCUCAGAAUAAGCCAGCAACUUUCAGACCACCAAACCGAGAAGAAACUGCUCAGCCAGCUUUCUAUCCCCAGAAAAGUUUUCCAGAUAAAGCUCCAGUUAAUGGAGCUGAACAGACUCAGAAAACAGUCACUCCAGCAUACAAUCGAUUCACACCAAAACCAUAUACAAGUUCUGCCCGACCAUUUGAACGCAAGUUUGAAAGUCCUAAAUUCAAUCACAAUCUUCUGCCAAGUGAAACUGCACAUAAACCUGACUUGUCUUCAAAAUCUUCCACUUCUCCAAAAACUCUUGUGAAAUCACACAGUUUGGCACAGCCUCCUGAGUUUGACAGUGGAGUUGAAACUUUCUCUAUCCAUGCAGAGAAGCCUAAAUACCAAAUAAAUAAUACCAGCACAGUGCCAAAAGCUAUUCCUGUGAGUCCUUCAGCUGUGGAAGAGGAUGAAGAUGAAGAUGGUCAUACUGUGGUGGCCACAGCCCGAGGCAUAUUUAACAGCAAUGGUGGCGUGCUGAGUUCCAUAGAAACUGGUGUUAGUAUAAUUAUCCCUCAAGGAGCCAUUCCCGAAGGAGUUGAGCAGGAAAUCUAUUUCAAGGUCUGCCGAGACAACAGCAUCCUCCCACCUUUAGAUAAAGAGAAAGGUGAAACCCUGCUGAGUCCCUUGGUGAUGUGUGGGCCCCAUGGCCUCAAGUUCCUGAAGCCGGUGGAGCUGCGUUUACCACACUGUGCGUCCAUGACUCCUGACGGUGAUCCUAAAACCUGGCAAAACAAGUGUCUUCCCGGAGAUCCAAAUUAUCUCGUUGGAGCAAACUGUGUUUCUGUCCUUAUUGACCACUUUUAACUCUUGAAAUACAGGAACUUGAUUAAAUAAUGUGAAAUUGGGUCAAACUUACUAAAUCUAAAUGGAACCACUCUAUCAAGUAUUACACCUUUUUUAGAAUUGAUACUACAAUUUGUUAGUAUUAAGCAUUUAUUUGAACUGAUAAAGAUUAGUGAGCAUGCCCCGAACCAUGGUCAGAAAACAUGCUGCACACUGCAUGUUUGUGAUUGACAGUACUGCUGGUAUUGGCUAGAGGUUCAAAGAUAUUUUGCUUUGUGAUUUUUGUAAUUUUUUUUUAGCAUCACUGCUUAACCUCACAUACUGAUUUCCGUUAAAAUACCAGCCAGUAAAUGGGGGUGCAGUUGAGUUCGGUUCUUUCCAAAGUACACUGUUUCAAACUUUAUUAUGGCCCUGGCCUAGCAUACAUACACAUUUUAUUUUAUUAUGCAUGAAGUAAUAUGCACACAUUUUUUAAAUGCACCUGGAAUAUGUUAGCAGUGUUGUGGAUUUAACAGAAAUGUACAGCAAGGGGCUUGAUAACUGGGGGAGGGUGAAGUGAAGACCAUGACUCACUGUAUAUGCAAACACAUUGGUCUUAGAGAAGGACACAAAAGCAUGUGAGACUGGGUCCAUGGCCUCUUCGGAUCUGUAAUGUAACCAUGUCACCACAGACAUACUAACCAGCAGGAAUGCCUUACCCUCAUGUUCUGAAUUCCUAGCUCAUUCUUGGUGUGUGUUACUAAGUUUUUAUGGCUUUUGUGCAUUAUCUAGAUACUGUAUCAUGACAAAGACUGAGUAAAUCGUGCAUUUGGUGGUUUCAGAAACGUGUUAUCACCCAGAAGAAAAUAGUGGUGUGAUUUGGGGUUUUUUGUUUUUGUUUCUGUUUUUUUUUAAACAACAAGAGGCAGUGGUUGUUCUCUGUUCUUUCUGGCUAUGCAUUUGAAAAUUUUGAUGUUUUAAGGAAGCUUGUACAUAAUGCGUGCAUACCACUUUUGUUCUUGGUUUGUAAAUUAACUUUUAUAAACUUUACCUUUUUUAUACAUAAACAAAACCAAGUUUCUAAAGGCUACCUUUGUAUUCUCUCCUGUACCUCUUGAGCCUUGAACUUUGACCUCUGCAGCAAUAAAGCAGCAUUUCUAUGACACAUGCAAGGUCAUUUUUUUUUAAGAAAAAGAAUGCACAGAGUUGUUACAUUUUUAAGUGCUGCAUUUAAAAGAUACAGUUACUCAGAAUUCUCUAGUUUGAUUAAAUUCUUGCAAAGUAUCCCUACUGUAAUUUGUGAUACAAUGCUGUGCCCUAAAGUGUAUUUUUUUACUAAUAGACAAUUUAUUAUGGCACAUCAGCACGAUUUCUGUUUAGAUAAAUACACCACUACAUUCUGUUAAUCAUUAGGUGUGACUGAAUUUCUUUUGCCGUUAUUAAAAAUCUCAAAUUUCUUAAUCUGCAAAAUAAAACUUUUUAAAAUAAA